AUGCCGGGGCCAAUGAGCUUCAGAAAAAGAGCGGUCGGAAGUACAGACAAAGACGCUCGGCCGGUUCUGCAGACGGUCGGGAAGAAUCAGGUUGCGGAGGCAGUGAACGGAGCAGUGGUGGCGGUGGCAGAGGUUGAGGUUGAAGCCAAGGAAACACGCUCACAACAUCGCGAGACAGAAGACCAGCUCACAACGCAGGCGCCGCCACCAACACCACCAAAGUCACUGGCCAUCACGGCGAGUCUGGAUCUUCAUCGCCCGUGA